AUGUCAAAUUCAAUUAUUUCUUUCUUAGCUCAUGAAAAGUUGGCUGCUAAAAAUUAUACAACAUGGAAAAUUUUAAUUAAUACAAAGUUAGUAGUUAAUGAUUUAAAGUUCGUCUUGUAUGAGGAAUGUCCUCAAACCCCUGGCCCAAACACUGAACAAAAUGUUCGUAAGGCUUAUGACAAGUGGAGGAAGGUUAAUCAACAAGCCCGAAUCCACAUCUUAGCAAGUAUACCCGAUGUCUUGACUGAGAUGCUUGAGCCUGUGCAGACUGCUCAUGAGAUGAUAGAGUCUUUGCAUGAGCUAUUUGAGCUCAUUUACGAUACAAGAUUGAAAGAGGGAACAUCUGUUCAGGAACAUAUUUUUGAUAUGAUGGUCCAUGUGAAAUUUGCUAAAAUGAAUGGAGUUGUCAUAGAACAGUCCUUGACUGAAAAGAGGAAGGCAAAAAUAGUUAAAGGCUAG